AGUUGUACAAAAGCACCCGUUGCCCUCCCAUAUCGACGGAAGCUCGCAGAGCGCAGUCCUUGAUAGCGUUAUCAUAGAGAAUUCAUUAAGCUGUGACGUGACUUCCAACCCAGAUACGAGCAUCUGCUCGUCAGAAUCCUCGAUAGUUUAUUUGAGUUCAUCGAUCCUCCUCGGCGUAUUCAGAAGAGAAUCUCUUUGAAGCACCAAGAGCAGCUGAUCUUUGAGCCCGCUCUCGGCGAUCAGGUGUGACUGACAACAGACUGCAGCGUACCUGCUGCCCAAAUGGCGACUAUGAAGCAGGUUCCGAUGAAAGGCCGAGAUUUUCAUCUGAGUCUCUCUGGAUGUGGAUUCCUCGGUCUCUACCACGUGGGAGUGAUCUCUGCAUUCCAUGAGUACGCUCGUCAUCUUUGUGUGAACAGAAUCGCCGGAGCCUCGGCAGGUUCUCUGGCAGCGGCCUGUCUCAUCUGCGAUGUCGCUUUCGGGGAAGCCACCACAUCGAUCCUCCGAUUGGCCGUUCAAGCUCGUCGAAGAGCCCUGGGACCUUUUCAUCCAGGAUUCGAUAUCAACGCUCUGUUGUACGAUAUUUUCAUCAAGAUCCUCCCUGACAACGCUCAUGAGCUGUGCUCAGGCCGUCUAUAUAUCUCUCUGACGAGGGUCUCCGAUGGCGCGAACGUACUGAUAAGUAAUUUCAGUACGAAAGAAGAUCUAGUCAAGUGCCUUAUGUGCUCAUGCUUCAUUCCCGUCUAUUCGGGUCUUGUGCCACCCCGAAUCAAUGGAGUCGCGUACAUAGACGGCGGUUUCAGCGACAAUUUGCCGCUCCUCGACGAGAAUACGAUCACGGUGUCACCGUUCUCCGGGGAGAACGAUAUUUGUCCUGAGGAUGAAAGCUUCAAUAUGAUGUUGAUAAAUUUAUCUAACACCUCGAUUGCCGUCUCGCCGGCGAAUAUAUACCGCUUCGUGAGAAUCCUCUUUCCACCGCAUCCCGAGAUCCUAGCUCGCAUGACCCAGCAAGGCUUCGACGACGCGGUCAAGUACCUUCAACGGCACAACCUUAUUUCUUGCACUCGUUGUUUGGCUGUGAAAUCUUCGUUCGACAUCACGAUGUCAGACGACGAAGAUAGCGACAUCCCCAAGCAUGAGUACGAUGGCUGCGAUGACUGCAAAACUCAGAAGCAAAUAGCGGAUAACGCAUCCUUGCCCGAACCUAUCCGGGAGCCGAUGAUGAUGGCCGCGGAAAACGAGAACAGGGGUCUCGUAAAUUGGUUAUUCAAACACCGACCGAUCAAAAUCCUGUCCUACAUGACGUUACCGUACGUGUUGCCAUUCGACAUCACGAUGGCGGUCGCCAAGAAAGUCAUACCGACGGUACGCAAAGAGCUCACAACGAGUUUCUUCAAUGUCAUCGACAAACUCAAGGAAGUUGCCGUUCCGUCCUCUGAAGAGAAGUGGCAAAAAGCACCGAAAUCGCCACCCGUCAGCCAGAGCGUCUCCGACAGUCGAUCGAGCAUCUCGAACUUCUCUUGCAAGCUUGCGAUCACCGAAUUCAAUUAUAACCUUGAGUCGAAAACUCGGAGAUCGACGAAAGUGCGUUCGAGGAGUCUAGAGAACCUACGAAUCGCCGCCCCCGGAGUGACGGAUACUCAGAAACGACGAGAGCAACGCAAAUCGUACGCCGGUUUGCCUUACGAGAAACGCGUAAUCCAACAGCUCGAACUGGACUCGAAGCUCGCACUUAGCCACACGUUCAGCCGCAAACGCAAGACCAGCAUGAUAAACGCUCUUCGAUCCCUCGACCAAGGCGAACCUUCCGUCACCUCGGCCAUAGAUAUAACGAAUGAUGCUCUAGACUACGAGAAGUGUACUUUGAAGAGAGCUCAAGCGCACUCCCUGGAACAAAUCCUGAACGUUACGCAGCGUAGAGAAGCCGCCAUGGCUUUCUACUACACCGAUGAGAACAACUGCAUCAACGUUACCGAGAUUUUCGAUUAUUCUGAAAAGACAGAUACGCCUCAAACAAGUCCGGAGCGGGCACCUCAGGAGGGGAGACGGCGCAAGAAACCUGUAUUCUGAGAGAAUCCCGGAAGGGUACCGAAUUCAACAAUGUGAUAUGUGUCUCUCGAGAUCACCUCUUUUUUAAUGAAAAAACCGUGAGCAAUGACGAUCGAACGCUUGCGUUUGCAGCGUCGACUCCGCGUCAGUGAUUUCGAUCCAGUGGUCGUUGUGUAUUACAUUAAUUUAUUGCCCGCGACUAGGCAGAGACAAACUUAGCAAUUCUGUCGGCUAGGUUGUCACAAGUUUCCGCAUUAGUAGGCGGUGAGCAAGUAUAUUCCUCUGUAUAAAUGCAAGUCCUUGAAUUAUAAUAAAAAUGGAGUU